AUGUUCCAUCCUCUCAUCACACCCUUGACAACAUACAUGUACACAACCGACAUCCAAGAAAGCGGCACAGUGAGCGCGUCGGAUCAAGAGCGAUUACCGCCAGGAGGUUUCAGCUUGCGCCAUGGAUUCCCGGACUGGUUCGGACGAGGACGACGGAGUAUGGUGGAAGCGAAACAAGCGCCAGUGACGAGUCCUGGUUCGACCAGUAACUCGACAACAUCAGCAAACCCAUCAUCAGGAAUACCUUCGUAUGUGCGCACUGGAAAAAAGAGUGUCUCGGCCUAUGAAGUUCUACACUACAUCCGCAGUGCCUUUGAUACAGAAGAAGUUCUCGACUCUGUACCCCUCGCGGCGGCAGGGAACCCAGGAGCUUGGCACGCAUGGAGAACGCACCGCAAAGCAACGGGGAAGUUGGCGGAAGAUACAACUGCGAUGGAAGAGCAAAAGGAACAAGAGCAGAGCGAGAACAGGCCAGAGAGCGUAAAAUCGGGGUCAUCUACGGCUACGCCAAGACGACCUGGAGAAUGGAAUUGGGAUGGAGUUUGGGAGGACAGAGUUAAGAAGAACGUUUCUGCAAGCUUGUCAGAGCCUGUCCUCUAUGGAGAAACCAAGAAUUCAGAUGACCUGAUCAAGUUUCUUGCGAUGGAGGACACCGAUAUCGAUUCGGUGAAGGACAAUCUGCGUCGAACACUUGGGCAAGCUACAUGA